CUUAAAUAGACGGCGUCUUUCUUGAGGGUCACACCACGGGUGACAACCAAGCUAGAAAAUGAAGUCGCAUAUGUUGGGUUUCUAUGCAGUUCUGCUGCUGUGGCUUCUGGUCUCGUCCUCAGUGCAAGAUGGUAUUAUAAUAGGAUCAGUCUGUCUAACAACUUCAGAUACUAAAGUUCCUCCAAAGAAUCUGGUUAGCUACACAAACCAGCGUAAGCCCUUGUUCCCUGUGGAUGCUGUGAGAUUUCUUACAAUCAGUGGGAAAGUCAUCUGCUCGGAUCCCACCUCUCCAUGGGCCAAAAAAGCAAUGACUAACCUGGAUGCAAAGAACAAAAAACCAAAAAAGUCAAUAUCAAACAAAAUAGCUCAUCAAUCAGUGACAACGGUUGCUGUGAAUACAUCCACCACAAAUAGGACUCUGUUAUCGGCACAGAUUUAAACACAGACCCCUUCGUAGGAAAGUUGGCUGAAUUGUAUGAUUUUGCAUUUUUAAAUGUUUUCUUUUUAUCGCACUUUAUUGUACAUCACACACUUUAUAAAGUUGUGAUUUUUUAAAUGUCAGUGUAUAGGAUUACUUUUUUAAAACAUUGUAUAAUAAUUUUACAUCUGUUUUAUAUGUAUAUCUAUAAAUUGUAUUUUAUUCAAAUUAUUGAAAGAUGUAAUUAUGUAUUUUUUAUUUACUG